CCCGUGUUGUGUGGGUUGCCUAGGGGAGAGGGGCUGGCUCACCGUGUCUUCCGUCCACCUGGCCUGGACCUCCGGCAGCAGCGCGGUGGCGGCGCUAGGUGCUCUCCAGAAACCACAGACGUUUCUCUGAGCAGAGGUUGUGGCUUAAGCGGAGGAAGGGGGCGUGGACUAGAGCGGAGCAGCGACGCUUUCGGUCCCCCAGCCGCCGCUUACUGAUCCGGGACGCCUGGGUCCGUCCGCAAAUAGCUCCCGGGUGCCUCGUCUUUUCCCGUCCUCCUGGAAGCAAGGUCCGCUCCCGCCGCGUUCCGCUGUCCUCUCUUCUCUCGUCCCUCGGCCCGGAGUCUCUGAGCGGCGGAGGUAUGGAGGAGAAGGUGGAGUCCACCACUACUCCAGACGGCCCGUGCGUGGUGUCCGUACAGGAGACGGAAAAGUGGAUGGAGGAGGCGAUGCGAAUGGCCAAAGAAGCUUUGGAAAAUAUUGAAGUUCCUGUUGGCUGCCUUAUGGUCUAUAACAAUGAAGUUGUGGGGAAGGGAAGAAAUGAAGUGAAUCAGACAAAAAACGCUACUCGGCAUGCUGAAAUGGUGGCCAUUGAUCAGGUCCUAGACUGGUGUCAUCAGCAUGGACAGAGCCCUUCCACUGUAUUCGAGCACACCGUGUUGUACGUCACUGUGGAGCCGUGCAUCAUGUGUGCUGCCGCCCUGCGCCUUAUGAAAAUCCCGCUGGUCGUCUAUGGCUGUCAGAACGAACGGUUUGGUGGUUGCGGUUCCGUCCUAAACAUUGCCUCUGCUGACCUACCCAAUACUGGAAGACCGUUUCAGUGCAUCCCUGGGUACCGAGCUGAGGAGGCUGUGGAGCUCCUAAAGACCUUCUACAAACAGGAGAACCCAAAUGCGCCAAAAUCAAAAGUUCGGAAAAAGGAUUGUCAGAAAUCCUGAUUCUGUAAUGAUCAACGUCUAGUACAGUUUGGAGACCUGGACAGAAUUCCUGACCGAGAGCCGCUGACGUCGCUGGUCACGUUUAUAUGUUAUUACUGUGUGUAAAAAUGGUGUCGCUCGUCAUUUGCUCUGUUAAAGGAACAAAUUAGCCCUUUUAAAAAUGUCUGGCAAUGUAAACAACCGUGAGCUCUUCCACCAAGCUGAAAGACUAUUUCCAGGAAGGGGCGGGAUUAAGGUUGAGGUCCCAGAGAUCCGCAAGCAGCGCCGCCCUUCACCCACAGCCUCAGUUAGCUCUGGCUUAAUGAAGCUUUUUGUGGCUGUGAAGAGGGCCAAGUGGUGAAAUGCUUGCCAUGCAACCAUGAGGAUUGGGUCCCCAUCAGUGCCAGGUGGGUGGUUUGGUGGCCUGCCUGUGAUUCCAGUGCUUGGAAAACAGAGAUGGGCUUCCGAGAUCCCAAAGCAAGCUCUGGGGUCAAAUGAGAGAUAUUGCCUCGAUAAUUCAUGUGAAGAGAGAUCUAGGA